UUUCAAUAAAAGUUUUCUUCUCUAUCCAUUUUCAAUAGAAAAAUAGGACACAUCACUAUUUUUCUUUCCCCCCGUUUUUCCUCCCGUUUCAUUUCAUGCCAAAACCAAACAAAGGCUAAGUCUAACAAAUUUGAUUUUUUGGCAUAUGAUUAAGUUGAGUUAACAAUGGAUUGAAGUUGAACCAUGCUUGGCGCCACAAGACGCGUUACUGAGCUAAUUCCUCGGAGUUUACAAUCGUUGCGUCGACUCCAUGAGGACAUCGAAGACAACAUACAUUUUUACAAGAGCAGAGGUCAACACAUCCUCACAAACCCUCGAAUUCUGGACGCUAUCGUUCGUAAAUCUGCAAUUAACCCCACUGAUACGGUCCUCGAGAUCGGUCCCGGCACUGGAAACCUCACCCUUAAACUUCUAGAAGCUUCCCAUGAAGUUAUAGCCAUCGAAAUCGACCACCGCAUGGUUCCCAUUCUCGAGAAUCGCGCCCUCAAACGUGGCCUCCGCAACAAACUAAAGGUCAUAACCAAAGAUGCAUUGAGAACAGAGUUUCCACCAUUUGAUCUCGUUGUUGCAAACAUUCCUUACGGUAUAUCUUCACCCCUCGUGAUUAAACUUGUAUAUGGAACGACACGGUUUCGAAGCGCAACUCUUCUGUUACAGAAAGAGUUUGCUAGAAGAUUACUGGCUAAUCCUGGUGACUCCGAGUUUAACCGUUUAGCCGUUAACGUUAAGCUUCUUGCUGACGUGGAGUUUGUUAUGGAUGUUAGCAAGAGAGACUUUUUUCCAUCACCAAAAGUUGAUUCGUCUGUCGUUAUAAUUCGUCCUAAGGAUAAGAUCCCCACCGUUGAUCUUCGUGAGUGGAGGGCUUUCACUAGGACUUGUUUCAAUAACAAGAACAAGACGCUUGGUGCUACGUUUAAGAGCAAGAGGAAAGUUUUGGAGCUGUUGGAAUUUUCCAAAGAUGAUGUUUGCAAUUCAUUUAAGGAAAAGAUAAUUGGAGUUCUUAGAGAGGGGGGUUUUGAGGAUAAAAGGCCUUCGAAACUUUCAAUUGAUGAAUUACUGCAUUUGCUCUAUUUGUUUAAUCAGGUUGGCGUUUAUUUUGAUCAUCAUGGAGAGCUUAGGAAUGAAGAUGAUAGGUUUGAGGAUGGUGAUAUUGAUGACAAGUGAUAUAAGCAUCAACUACUUUGUGACAUUGUGUAUAUUAUUAAUAUUAGAUUUUCUCAUAUUAGCAAAGGUUGGUUAUUGGAUGAAUUUAAUAGCUGACAGAUCAAUGCUCCAGUUGUUUGAAUUUGAAUCCAACGAUUGAUCAGUGGCUGCAAAGACUGGAGAAAAUUAACUGAUUAGUUUUAUUCGCAUAAUACUAUGAAUGAAAGCCUUUUUAUUUUA